UUGCCUCCACCAAUGAAAACGUGAGAAAUAGCGGGGGUAGAAAGGGAGGUGGAAAAAAUACUUUGAGAAAGCGUGACACUCGGCGAGAUAGGAAGAGAGAGAGAGAGUGUAAUCCCUGUUUCCAGCAAGUGAGGUUGAAGGGGCAGAAAGGGGGACAAAAACUGGUCACAUUUCUUAAAACGUCUGAAAACGUGCUGGUUAGAGUGGGCGCGGUGUUGACUAUUAAUGGGAGGGUGUGUUUAAACUACUUCCACACUGUCUGGGGAUGUUUAUUGUCACUGUACACUGGCACUCAAGCUGAAUAUUAGAGAUUCUUUUUUAAAGAACUCUUGUUACGUUGCAGUUAUAGUUACUGUACACCACAAGCUCCAAGGACACCAACAGAAAGACAGACGGAGGCACUCAACCUGUUCGCGUUUACGCACUUCGGAGGCAAUUUCUAACCUUUUUGUCCAUUGAAUAUUGAGAUUUUGGUCUUCUUUUUUUCACCAACCACCUUGACAGGACACCAAUGCCCUGUGCACACUUUCAUUGCUCAGAUCUUUGGGAUACCCGGUCAAUGUGCUGGCGGUUCAUGACUCUUUCACCUAUAUUAACAAAACUCUUUAUUGACGCACAAAAACAACAGACACAGAACAACUUAAUUACUAAAUAAUAAACAACAAACAACAACACAGAACCAUGGACAACAGCCCUGGUGGUGUCAUCUUAUAUGCGGGGUCCUCUGGCAGUGCCAGCCCCAGCCCUGGCAGCCCCUCCAGUGGGUACCAGACUCAGUCUCCCUCCUCUCACUCCCAGCCUUCAUCUCCAGAGGGAGUUUCCUUCCAGGAGGUUGCACCUCUUAAACGGAGAAGGGAGCAGCAAGCAAGGUCCCCACCCUCCCCCAAAUUGGUCUUUCAGUUCCCUGAGGUCAGCAAUGCACCUACUGCAAGGACUGCUACAGUAUCGUCUGCCCACCAGUCUUACACGCAUCCAAUGGUGGCCAAGAGACCCUGUGGCUUUACUGGCACUUUCACAAAGACAGGAGGCAUGGUGCUACUGUGUAAGGUGUGCGGAGACAUUGCAUCUGGAUUCCACUAUGGUGUACAUGCCUGUGAGGGCUGCAAGGGCUUUUUCAGGCGCAGCAUCCAGCAGAAUAUCAACUACAAGAUGUGUGUGAAGAAUGAGAACUGCCUGAUCAUGCGUAUGAAUCGCAACCGGUGCCAGCACUGCCGCUUCAAGAAGUGUCUGUCUGUGGGCAUGUCCAGAGAUGCUGUUCGUUUUGGGCGUAUCCCUAAGAGAGAGAAGCAAAGGCUAUUGGACGAGAUGCAGAGCUACAUGAACAGUCUUAAUGAAUCAGCUUCCAUGGAGAUUGACUCCUCCUCUUCCUCUGAUGCCCCCUCCAGUCCAGAGAACCAAUCCAAUGAAGCAGUUUACCAAAACAUGUUUAAGGACGAGAAACCCCCCAAGAUGGUAGCUCUUAACAACAACAACUGCUCUUCCACUUUCCGAAAUAAUGCAACCCAUGAUUCCAUCUACUCAGCACACCAACACAACAACCCCCACCCUCAGGGGUACCAGACAAACUACCCCACACCUGCCAGCUUCUCAGUUGCCCCUCACAACAACCCAACUGCCAACAACGACAAUGCUAGAUAUACCUUCACCCAAUCAUCUAGUAUGAGUCAGUGUCCAGCCAAUGGUAACCAGUCUGCUCAGACCAACCCAACCAAUCAUCACAGUGAAUCUGAGAACCAGACUUCCUGUCCCUGGAAAUUGAACGGAGGUGCCAAAGUGCUGGCGUGUCCCCUGAACGCAUGUCCCGUUGUCUCUGCCAGUCGGUCGAGCCAGCAAGUGUGGGAGUCCUUCUCCCAGUGCUUCACCCCAGCUGUCAAGGAGGUGGUGGAGUUUGCCAAGAGUAUCCCAGGCUUCCAAAGUCUCAGCCAACACGACCAGGUCAUGUUGCUCAAGUCAGGAACCUUCCAGGUUCUGAUGGUCAGGUUCUGCUCCCUGUUUGACCCCAAAGAGAGGACAGUGACCUUCCUGAAUGGGCAGACAUACUCCCUGGCAUCCCUGCGGGCGCUGGGCAUGGGGUCCUUGCUGGAUGCCAUGUUUGACUUCAGUGAAAAAUUGGGCUCUCUGGGGCUAGAACCUGACGAGAUGGCCCUCUUCAUGGCUGUGGUGCUGGUGUCUGCCGAUCGCUCUGGCGUAGCUGAUGUAGGAGCCGUAGAGCUGCUACAGGACAGUUUGAUCAAAGCCCUGCGCUCCCUCAUCACUCGCCGCCGCCCAGACGACAGCGCCCUCUUCCCCAAGCUGUUGCUGCGUCUGCCCGACCUGCGCACCCUCAACAACCAGCACUCCGACAAGCUGCUGGCUUUCCGGAUCGACCCCUGAAACCCUGGGGCUUCAGUCUAGAGAACCAACAAAGGGGGUGCAUGGGACCACCAGAGUCCCUAACUAGGGGCAGUUCUUUGGGGAACCUCCUGGUGACAAGUACCCUUCACUCCAGCCCAGCUGUGAGGAUGCUGAGAUUCACUGGCAGCAAUGUGGGAUCUGACGAGGUGAUUGAGUGAACUGAAAGACAUCUCAACGGAAAAUAGAGGACCUGAGGGGGUGACUCCUGAAGUCAACCCCCAUAUAUAGAGUUUUCCAGCUGCUUCCAGAUAAACUAAUCUGCUCUGUGUGAGAUUGGCCUCAAACCACCCUGCUGGUCAAGCUCAACACCAGGGACUGUCAGUGACUGUGAGUGCUCUGAAGACCAAAUGUAGAGUCUCUUCCUUCUCUCAUUCCUCACAGUACUACGUGUGUCCCUCUGUCUCGGUAGACAGACACGUUACCAGCAUCAAGAGAGCACAUACACUCUUCACGCAGAAAGGGAAUAUACAGCAACCUCUGUUUUCUUCCUACACAUUCACCCUAACUGACAGGUUAAGCACUUUCCACACAUGAACAAACCUCUGUGAUUAACCAGUGUCAUAGACCAUUAGCUAAGUGUAACACACUAUUAGACAUCUAUGUAUGCACUGUUAGAAUUAAGCUAUUUUAAAACAUUUCAUCAUGUUGAAAAAUAAUGUAGAAAAUCAUGAAUUUAGGCUUUGAUAAAAACGAAUGCAUUAUUUACAUUUCUAAGUAUUGAAAUGAUGCAUUAUAUUUCUGUAAUCAGGGAGAACCUAUUGGUCAUUUUAGACCACAGUGUUGGGAUGUGUAUAAAAGUUAUUCUGUUGUUGCACAAAUUGUAUAUACUGUUAUCUUUGUUUUCGGUUCCUACUCCAUUUUUUUGUCGGUGCCUAUUACUGUUUGAAGAGAAGCACCAUUAUGAACUCCACCUGGAGUGUUGGAGAUAUGAGGAGAUCACGAGGGGAUGUCAGAGGAUGUACAGGAUUGGUCCAUAGUCUUCCUCUGAUAUGUACAAACACAAUCCUCAAUUUGACUGCAAAGAGGGAGCAAGCUCUGAGAUGUGUAAAUACUGUUUGAUUUGAACCUAUAUUAUUGAAAUAUAACUAUUGUUGAUUGAUUGCAUCACUUUGUGUACAUUUUGUAAAUGUUUCAUGGUUAACUUCUUCCAUAGAGAACCACUAUUAAAUGAGAUUAUAUAUAA